AUGGCCCUUGCCUGUGACUUUUCCAGAGGAGUUUUAGAAAGAAGUGACUCUGUCCUUUUCAUUGUCCUUGCUCUUUUCUUUGCACCUGUUCCAGGUCUGUUUCUGGUUGGAGAUGGUGAUGAAGGGAUCAGAGGAACAAGUUUGGGGAACAAUAACCAGGACUGGCUACAGUAUUUCAGCGUAGUAGUCAAAGGUCAAGGUUCUUAUAUAAAGGACUCUUCAGUGUCUGAAAGCUGUGACUUAAGGGGUUAUGAUGGAGACCAUGGUUGGUAUGCAAGACCAUGGUUGGAGAUGAUAACAGAGUCGGCUCCAUUACGCUGCAGGAAGCUCAGCAAUCCUGACAUCUUAUCAUCUGCUGGGAAAACUAAGCUCCAUCGUCAGCUAAGUCAAGAUGACUGCAAGCUACGAAGAGGUAGUUUGGCAAGUUCUUUGUCAGGAAAACAGCUGCUUCCCUUAUCAAAUAGUGUCCACAGUGGAGUGGGACAGACGAUAUGGCAGCCACCUGGAGAUACCUCAAACCUGGUCCGCAUGAGAAAUCAGUCCCUAGGACAGUCUGCUCCUUCACUUACUGCAGGUUUG